AUGGCCUGCGAUCUGCCGUGUAUGUCCUACAUGGCGCUCUAUAUUAUCUCCAUGCAUAUUGUCAACAGCAACAGUCGCAACUCUGGAUCGUCGUCGUCCCACCACUGGAAACUAAAUCUCUCAACAGGAAAGGUCCAGCCAGCCAAGGCUGAGACAGGAUCCAGUGUCAACAGUAACAAACAUAACAGCUCUGACAGCUCGGUGAAUCAUAACAAACAGGACAGUGAUAAAAACACAGACAGUUCAUUUGAGGACAACGUUUGGGAGAUUUUAACUAAUAAAGUUGUCAAAGCUGACGGCGAAUGGGUUGUGACUUCACCUGAUUCAGAUUAUUCUGAUGUGUUGGAAGUUCACGAUCAAAGUAAAGACUGUCAUUGUGAUAAAAAUGUCUAUUCUGCAAAUUUACAAUUACGCCAUUCAGAUGGAUGCAGUUACAGUGGAUGUUCUAUGAAAUCAGCACAACACAAAUCAUCAAAGGGGAAAAAACCCAAGACAAAAACAGAUAAUCAGAACAGCAAAACGUUUAAACCUUUAUCAUGUGGGGAAAAGGUCAACUCAACACAAUACGAUCAUUUAAGAGGAAUCUCAGACAGACAUCUCCUGUUACAUGUGCCUGAGCCAGACGUUGCCAUGGUGUUCCAGAGCAAUGGGAAGUCCUCAGAAGUUGACAUGACCCAGCUGGAACAGAAACUGAGGAAAGCUAAACAAGAUAUUGAAAGAACAGGCCCUGGCCAGCGAGAAAAGUCAGCACAAGUUUACAACCUCAUUGGAAAUUUCUGGAGAAUCAAAGGCAACACACAGAACUCCAUUGAAUGUUUCCGUAAAGCUCUAAACAUAUCUCCCGAAGACCCCGACAUUCUCCUGAACCUUGCAAGAGUUUUAUUUAAUUUACAGUAUUUAGACGAUGCCAUUUUCCUGGCCCAGCGUUCGCUGCACCUUCAACCAAAAGGACAGAACUCCUGGCUGCAACAUUACACACUUGGGGAAGUACUCAAAUCUCUAGGCCAGCACCAAGAAGCAGCUGCACACUUUCGUCAAGCUCUGGAGCUCAACCCCGAUUUCCAGCCAGCAAAAUCCCACCUCCGAGACCUUGACUCCAGCCCAUCGCCGUCGGUGACACAUCUCACACUGUUAAUUAUUUUAUUUUUAGUUGUCGGGGUUCUGUUCGGGGUGGUUACAUCAAUAGAAACCAAUUUCCAGGACUCAGCCGACGGAUCUAAGACCCAGCAGAGACAUUUUAAUAGAGCAAUGGCCAUGCGGUCAAUCAAGUUGGGGAUAAAUCCAAGGAUGUGCAGGCUUCGGAAAAUUAACUCAUGA